AUGUUCGGCGUUAAUCGACCAUCUACUCCUGAUAUUGUCAAUGAUUUAGAGGUACCUAAAGAUUUAGCCUCUGCUUUAAGAAAGUCAUGGGCUGCUUGUAUGCAUGAUACUAAUGAUAUCAAUACUACGACAGACAAAAUAAAUAAAGAAAAGGAAAUAGCUACGACUUUAAAUAAUAAUGAAAAUAAUUAUCAUAGUGGAGAAGAAGAAGAAGAAGAAAAAGGAGAAAAAGAAGAAGAAAAAGAGGAAAAAAGAGAAAGGAAAGAAAAAGAAAAUAUUAAUAUCAGUAGUACUGACUACAAGAAUAACGCUGCUUCAAUUAGUAAUACUGCCAUUAACUCUAAUAGUAUUGGCAGUAUGAACAAAAUGAACUCAUUUUAUUUAGAUAGAAGAAAUUCUAACUUCAACGUUUAUUACGAUACACCGGUAAGUACUAAAAACAUAAAAAGGCCGAGCAUAAUUAGUAUUAAUAGCAAUGGAACAAAUACAAGUGCCUCAAGUGAUGGAAAUAACACUGCUAUGAACAAUAAACAGCAACAAGAUUUGUUAUCUUUACUUGAAAGAUUUAAUUUUAACGGUGGGAACUCAAUUACCAACAAUGAUAGUGCCACCAAUAAUACACUCAAUAAUAAUAAUAUUAACUCUACUAUGUCUAAUAAUAAAAAUACUCACAUUUAUACAAAAAAUAGUGACAAUCUCGAGAGUAAUAGUAAACAACCGUGCAAUUUUGUUUUAAAUGAUGAAAAUGAGUUGCUUUUAAUGAAACAAAUUAUGAAUCCAAGAUCAUCUUUCUCUUCGAUAUCAACGAAUGAGCACACUAUGAAUCCUACCAUCAAUAACUUUACAGAAAAUACCACCAUUACCGCGAAUAAUGUGCCAGUUCUUUUGAAAAAUAAACAAUACAGACAGGGACACAACGAAACCGAUGUUGGAAACGACAUUAUAAUGCAGGAUGAGGCAGAAAAUUACACUAUUGAUGAUAAAAAUGCUAAUAAUUUAUUUUUUAUGAGUAGUAUAUGGGUAGUUAAAUUCAGUCCAGAGUUGGUGAAUAAUAUUAUAUCUAUAAGUGAAAUGCUAUACCCUAAGAACUUACUAUGCGUAUUCACUGAUCAGGAUAUUAUUACGGAUGAUAUUUUAAAGAAGACAGCAAUGAUACCAAAUAUGAGGUUCCAAUUAAUCUCGGCUACACCAAUUGUCAUAAAAAAAAACGAACCCAAAGACAAUGUAUACUUUAAUAGGUAUGAUUUACAUAUGUUGUAUUCGUUUUAUUUGUACAAUUACGAUUUGGUUUAUUAUAUUAAUACCAAUGGGAACCAUGAUCUCAGCAACAUUCAAAGGCUAUUUGAGUAUUGUCAAGCUGGGGGUGGAAAAGUAGAAGAUAAUAACAAGAGUAAUGCUAUUAACAUAGGGGGAAGAAUAGAUAAUGAAAAUUGUAUUAUCGAGUAUUACAGUACUGAUGGUGGUGAUGGAAUAAUGGUUGUUAGACCAAACAAGGAUAUAGUGGCUUGCAUUAAUGAGUAUCUAACUUGUUAUGGUGACGAUUAUCAUAAAUUUGAUCAAUUGAAGAAUAUAGGUGGUUGGGAUAUUCUUCAAAAUUUGUUUAAAUAUCAAAUAUUUGAAAAAAAGAUUUGA